GUCGACAACAAAAUAAUUCUCAAUUCUCAAACCACUGUUCAAGUCUUUGAGGUUGCGGAUAGAGAAACAAAAUGAGUGGCAGAUACGAUCGGGCGCUGACCGUCUUUUCUCCUGAUGGACAUCUCUUUCAGGUCGAAUAUGCCCAGGAGGCGGUGAAGCGUGGAUCAACAGCGGUGGGCGUCAGAGGAAACAAUAUAGUUGUCCUUGCCGUAGAGAGACGGUCUGUGGCCAAACUUCAAGAUCCUCGGACCGUGAAGAAAAUCUGGCCAGUGGACGAGCAUGUUUGCAUGGCAUUUGCAGGUCUUUCCGCCGAUGCCCGGUUCCUGAUCAACUGGCUGCAACGGGAAUGUCAGAGCUAUCGGCUGACACUAGAGGACCCUGUCACAGUGGAGUACAUUGCACGCAAGCUAGCCAUUCUGAAACAGUCCUACACACAAUAUGCAGGCGCUCGGCCGUUUGGUUUGUCGACUCUUAUCAUGGGCUUCGACCAGGAUGGUAGCCCGCAUCUCUUCCAGACCGACCCAGCUGGCUCAUACUAUGAGUGGAAGGCAGCAGUUCUGGGCAGCAGCUCUAAGACCGUACAAGAGUACUUGGAGAAGCACUACACUGACGAUGUUGCAGAGGACGACGAGGCAGUAGUUCGUCUGGCUGUCCGAUCACUACUGGAGGUUGUACAAUCGGGCAGUAAGAACGUAGAGCUUGCCAUCAUGAAACGUGGACAGUCAAUGCAGUACAUGGCUGCUGACGAGAUUGACCGCCACAUCACCGAAAUCGAAAAGGAGAAAGAGGCCGAGGCCGAAGCAAAGAAGAAGAAGCAAAAGAGAUAGGUGCUGUUGGCCUUUCUCAAGUUUUACCUGUUGCCUGCAUCCUGCUGUUGCUUUCAAGAUUUUGCAUCAAUCACAUUUUUUACGUUCAGCAUACUAUGUAUUCUUCUCUCCUCACGUAAAAAGUUUUCCCUGGCAUCUGUAAAUAUUUCUUUGUUCAUAUCUCUUACAGAACUGCAUGCUUGUGUCGUAGGGGUGCCGUGUUUAUGAGUUUUUACUAAUUUUUGUAGGCACUCGUGUAUAUACGUACAUGUCAAAAUGAUGAGGAUAUUUUGUUGUUGCUUA